CAGUGGGGGACGCAGUGGGGGCAGACACGGGAGGCACUUGAGGCCUACACCGCGAGCCGCGGCGGGGCGGCCCUGACCUCAGCAGCGGCGGCAGCGCAAAGUGUGGUGGCAGGUGCGGCCCCGUUGUCGCAGUCCCGUGUGACGCAGCUGAGGGCGCAGAUGGGCGGCCUGGCGCAGGGGCCGGGCAGCGGAGCACUGCAGGCGGCGCAGUCCCUGCACUCCCGCCUCGCCGUCAUCAACGCUGAGGUGGCGGACGUGUCGGGCUGGAGGCUGGGGCUCAGGAACGGCAGCAGCGUGCAGGUGCUGGAGUUGUCCAACACCCUGCUUGCCUUGAUCAAGCAGUACAUUGUUGCGGGGGAUGGGGACGCCACGUCGUCGGCCAUGGCCCCAACCGCCAGCACCAACGGCCGGCGGAGAUCUGUACUGCAACUGACGGACGGCAACGGUCAACUGCAACCGUCGCUAACGGUAUCACUCCUUGUCCAGGCCCUCCUCAACGCCUCCGCCCCGCUCUCCACCUUCUCCUCCGCCGCCGCCACCCUGUCCACCGCCGCCCUCUCCACCCGCUCCACCGCCGCUGCCGGCCCCUCCUCCUCCGCCGCCACUGCCACCCUCGACUCCCUCCUCCUCCCCAGCCUCAACGCCCUCUCCACCCCUCUAGCCUCCUUGGCAGCCGCCCUCGCCGCCUACGAGUCCGCUGCAGCAUCCCCCUCCAUCACCGCCACCACUACCCUGUCCCAAGCCGCUUCAGACCUGCAGGCCGCAGUGUCAGCAACGCUAGGGCCGGUGGGGGCGGCGGUUAGCGCCUUCAGUACGGUAAUUCCAGAUUCGGCCGCACUGGCCAGUACGGCAAGCAACUUGCAGCCGCUUGUGGUGACCCUUGGGUCGGCUGCGUCGGCUACCUUGUCCCUUGCAGCGCUUGGAACGGGAGGAGGAGGAGGAGCAGGGCAGUUGUACGGCACUCUGAGCAGCAUCAACAGUUCGUACCUGCCGUACUAUACCAGCGGUCUGAGAAGUUAUCAGCUGCUGUCUGCGGCGCUGCCCAGUGGAGGCGUGUGCGCUACCUCGCUGCGGGAGGCAGCGGAGGGCGUGAUAGCGCAGGUAUCCCAGCUGUCGGACCUGGUGUUGGACUCCGCGGCCCAGGCGGGGGACGAGCUGAAGCAGGCCAGCGACACAAUACAGUCCGAGCUGCUGGCCCGAGUGGACUCCUUCACGGAGCGCUACCAGGGCCCCAGCAUACACUGGGCGCAUGUGGCGUAUGCGGUGUGGAUGGGCUGCUGGGGUCUGCUGGUGGCUCUGCUGGUGCUGCUGGCGGUGGCGGUG